UAAAACGGGGUACAUGACCUGGCAGAGCAGCAUUCGACAUCUCCAGUCCUCGCCUGAAGAACUGACGCGUUUGGAUCUAACAGGCUUUGCACUUUUUCCUUUUUUUCCCCCCCAGACUUUGACUUUUUUCUUUAAAAUUUUCGAAACAUGCAAAUUCCACCCAGGCCCGUGGGAACCUACGGUUACCCCAUGCGCCCAUUCGCGCCGCUGUAUCCGGAGUACUCUGGCGGCCAGUGUACCGCGCCUACAAAACCCAGCAGCGGGAAAUCGUUCACCAUCGACGCGUUACUGGGUCGCUCUGAUCAGCCUGGAAACGAACGAGUGAGCCACCCUCACAUCGGAAGAAAGUACCAUCCUGCGGCCUCGCCUAUUCCGCCCGCAGGACAGAUGUGCGCACCGAUGCCUCACUACCUCUACGCGCCGAACAUCGUGCACACCCAACCCGGAUACCCCGUGUACUACUGCCCGCCAUUCACUUACCAGACGACAUGUCGUGGCACGUUUUACGCUGAAGACACUGCAGCGUCUAAGGCCAAUAUUCAAUCAUUCAAACACAAAGGGGGGAAAUCGAAACGAAUGCGCACCAGCUUCACCAACGAGCAGCUGUCCCGCUUGGAGAAAGAGUUCGCCCGCCAGCAGUAUAUGGUCGGCUCGGAGAGAUUCAUCCUUGCGUCCGCGCUGCAUCUAACCGAGGCUCAGGUAAAAGUUUGGUUCCAGAACCGGCGCAUCAAGUGGAGGAAACAGUCCCUGGAGCAACAGCAAGCCAAGCUGGCUAAACUCGGCCUCGCGGCCCCGCAGAAGAGCCCUGGCUCGCAGGGCCGCGACGAUGAAGGGGAGGAGGAAGAGGAAAUCGACUUUUCAGCAGACUCAGACGUGGAUAUCUAAAAGUCCCGUCGGCGCAACUGCAGAACGCUUAUGAACUGUCCCACAACUGGAUUUAAAAAAAAAAAAUAAAAAAAAAACUUUUGUACAUACGCUACUGGAGAGUGGCAGAGUAAACUAUUACUAUUUGUAUAAAUAUUUAUGAAAUGGAUAUAUUUUUAAAAUUACCCGUGUUGCCUCACUGCUCUGAAGAAUGUUUUGUUUUGAUA